AUGGCAACCAGUGGAGACCCAGAGGAGGAACAGGUAGUCCCAAGUGAAGAGGAUGAAGCUGAUGUAAGGGCAGUGCAGGCCCGGUACCUCCGGAGCCCCUCCCCAAGCCAGUACUCAUUGGUCUCAGAUGCAGAAACAGAAAGCAUUUUCAUGGAGCCCAUUCACCUCUCCUCAGGCAUUGCAGCCAAGCAGAUCAUCAAUGAAGAACUCAAGCAGCGAGGGGUCAGAGCAGACUCAGAGUGCCCAGGCCUGCUGGAAUCUGCUGAGCAGCUGCUGGUAGAGGACCUGUACAACCGCGUCAGGGAGAAGAUGGACGACACUAGCUUGUACAAUACCCCCUGCGUCUUGGACCUGCAGCGGGCCCUGGUCCAGGACCGCCACGAGACCCCCUGGAAUGAGGUGGAUGAAGUCUGGCCCAAUAUCUUCAUAGCUGAGAAGAGCGUGGCUGUGAAUAAGGGGAGACUGAAGAGGCUGGGGAUUACCCACAUCCUGAAUGCUGCUCACGGCACGGGUGUUUACACUGGGCCGGAAUUCUACACUGGCCUGCAGAUCCAGUACCUGGGUGUGGAGGUGGAUGACUUCCCUGAAGUGGACAUCUCACAGCAUUUCCGGAAGGCUGCUGAGUUCCUCGAUGAAGCCCUGCUGACUUAUAGAGGGAAAGUCCUGGUCAGUAGUGAGAUGGGCAUCAGCCGGUCAGCAGUGCUGGUGGUCGCCUAUCUGAUGAUCUUCCACAACAUGGCCAUCCUGGAGGCCUUGAUGACUGUGCGCAAGAAGCGAGCCAUCUACCCCAACGAAGGCUUCCUGAAGCAGCUCCGGGAGCUCAAUGAGAAGUUAAUGGAAGAGAGAGAAGAGGAUGAUGACAGGGAAGGUGGAGAAGAUGAGGCCAGGGAGGGCACGGAUGAGGGGAGCAUACUUGGGGCCAGAGUGCAUGCCCUCACAGUGGAGGAGGAGGACGACACCACCAGCCACCUGAGCGGCUCCUCUUUGGGAAAGGCCAGCCAGGCCUCCAAGCCCCUCACCCUUAUUGACGAUGAGGAGGAAGAGAGGCUGUAUGAGGAAUGGAAAAAGAGGCAAGGCCACCCCACAGGCAAGGUCCCCCAGGGUGGGGAUGGCCAGAGCUCAACUUCCUCUGGCCAGGGCAGGGAGGAGCCUGAGGAUGAGGAUGUGGAGAGCAUUAUCAGGGAGUGGCAGUGUCGAAAUGAGCGAUACCAGGCAAGACGGCACCAGAGGUGGGGCAGGGAGGAGGAAGAGGAGGAGAGUGAGACUGGCUCCUUUGUGGGGAGAAGAAGGAGGCACACCCUGAGUGAGAGCAGCACCUCAGAGAGCGUUAGCAGCCAUGACAUACGAGUCCUGAAGCAGCAGCUGGAGAUGAGCAGCCAGAAUCGAGCUGGGAGGCGUCGCUCUGACUCUGUGUCCACGGAGAGCACCUGGGACAUGUGGAACCAGAGGCUGCUGGAGAUUGAGCAGGAAGCCUCCCGGAAGUACCACUCCAGGAGCAAGAGAGAGGAGGUGGACACAAGCUCAGAGGCAGGGAGCAGGGUGCGAGAGGAUGAUGAGGAGAGUGUGGCCUCGGAGCCUAGCUCCUUCUAUAACUUCUGCAGCAGGAAUAAGGACAAGCUCACUGCCCUAGAGAGGUGGAAGAUCAAGAGAAUCCAAUUUGGAUUUCACAAAAAAGACUUGGAGGCAAGAGAUGACAGCAGUGAGCAAGGGUCAGAGGAGGCAGAGGGGGAGAAGAAGAACCUCUCUGAUGUCAACCUGACAGCCUACCAGGCCUGGAAGCUGAAACACCAGAAGAAGGUGGGAAGUGAGAACAAGGCGGAGGUGGUAGAGCUCAGCAAAGGGGAGGACUCGGCCUCAGCCAAGAAGAGGCAGCGGAGGCUAGAGCUUCUGGAGAGGAGCCGGCAGACACUGGAGGAGAGCCAGUCCAUGGGCAGCUGGGAGGCAGACAGCUCGGCGGCCAGCAUGAGCAUCCCCCUGUCUGCAUUCUGGUCUGCAGCACCCUCGGUCAGUGCUGAUGGAGACACAGCAUCGGUACUCAGCACUCAGAGCCACCGCCCCCACCUAUCUCAGGCCACAAGCAACAUAGCGGGAUACUCUGCCUCCAACCCUACCACACCCCUGCCUAAUCUGCCACUGGGACCUGGAGACACCAUCUCCAUUGCCAGUAUCCAGAACUGGAUUGCCAAUGUGGUCAGCGAGACCCUUGCCCAGAAGCAGAAUGAAAUGCUGAUGUUGUCCCGCCCACCGUCAGUUGCAAGUCUGAAGGCAGUACCACUGGCUAGCUGCCUAGCAGAUGACCAAGUCUCCAUGCUCGGUAGACAGAGCAGCUCCUCCCUGAGUGGCUGCCUGCAGCCUCAGAACCAGACUAGACCCAGCUCUGACACGCAAUCUGUGCUGUCCUCCAACACCAUGCUGAGCUCUAGAGUUGAGGGCACGGGAAGUAAAGUGAAGGGGACCAGCAAGCCUAUCUAUAGUCUCUUUGCAGACAAUGUGGACCUAAAGGAGCUUGGCCGGAAGGAGAAGGAGAUGCAAAUGGAGCUCAGGGAGAAGAUGUCCGAGUACAAAAUGGAGAAGCUGGCCUCAGACAACAAACGCAGCACCCUUUUCAAGAAGAAGAAGGUCAAAGAAGAUGAGGAUGAUGACGUGGGUUACCGGGAUGAGGACACUGACAGUGCCAUAGGAAGCUUCCGAUACUCUUCCCACAGUAAUUCCCAAAAGCCUGAAACAGAUACUUCUUCCUCCCUGGCUGCAUCUGAUAGUUACGAAAAUGACAACAGAGCUGACAAAGAGACAGAUUGCAGUAUUAAUAAGUGGCUCAGUGGCCUCAGGACAGAGGAAAAAUCUCUUCCCCAAAGUGAUUGGUCUGGAAGCUCCAAAGGGAAGUAUACCAGAUCCUCCAUGCUCCGAGAGACAGAAUCUAAAUCCUCCAGUUACAAAUUCUCCAAAUCCCAGUCAGAGGAACAGGAUACCACCUCCUACCAUGAGGCAAAUGGCAACUCUGUAAGAAGCACUUCUCGGUUUUCUUCUUCUUCCACCAAAGAGGGCAGAGAGAUGCACAAGUUCUCCAGGUCAAUGUUCAGUGAGACCUCAAGUUCUCGAGAGGAAAGCCCAGAGCCCUACUUCUUCCGCAGGACCCCUGAGCCCUCUGACGGGGAAGAGUCACCUGAGCCACGGCAUAGAAAUUGGACCAGGCCCAGGGAUUGGGAAGAUGUAGAAGAAUCAACCAAAUCGGAUUUUUCUGAAUUUGGAGCCAAGAGGAAGUUCACACAGAGCUUCAUGAAAUCUGAGGAGGAGGGAGAAAAAGAGAGGAUGGAAAACAGAGAGGAAGGGAGGUUUGCAUCAGGGCGGCGGUCCCAGUAUCACAGAAGCACUGAUAGAGAGGAAGAGGAAGAAAUGGACGAUGAAGCCAUUAUUGCUGCUUGGAGACGUCGACAAGAAGAAACCCGGACUAAGUUACAGAGAAGGAGGGAGGAUUAA